GCUUAAAAAUACAGGAACGUGCGUACUCAUCGCGGUAAAAAUUUACCGAUAUUUUCACGGCGGUGCAGUGACAAUUUAUGCUUUCGACCACUGUUUCAUAUGUUGAAAUGAUAUUGUCCUCCGCAACUUAAAGGCUGGCUUCGAGUCUCUGUAAUUCAUACGCAAUUCAGAAGUAGCUUAAAGAAACUGUACGACGUGGUAAGGGCUUGGAAGACAUAUAUGCGACACAGGUCAGAGGAGCGAGGCGCAAAAAGCCAUGCCGCUUAAGCAGUCACCUCGCCUGACCACCACGCUGAGGGUGCAAUUGGAAAGGAAGGAUGAGUAUUUUGACAUUGAGCAGGCGUAUCUCCAGCGAAAACAGUUCCUGCUUCACAAUAAGCGCCUCAAAACGUCAGCAACAUUGGUUGGCAGUUCUUAUCUGGCUCAAAGAAUUGUUCAUGACUGGGAUAGAGCACCAAUUGAAGUUCGGAAGACAUAUGAGGAAUUUCUCACUGUUAUCUCAGAAUUCCUGGAUGGUGAAUUAUCGACAGAAGAGCUGCAUGAAUCAGCUAUAAUUAUUUAUGACAUUCUUCAUGAUUACAAAUCUGAUUCUAAUAGUGAGGUGGCUCUAGCGGAAAAAAAGGAAAAUGUGCAUCAGUUAUUGGGCGUUAGUCCUUCAGAUGCUAUUAUCCAGAAAGCUGCUUCGUUAGCUAAUAGACUGUACAAAUCACAGAUGGAGAAUCAUGUGCUGUCUAUUGAUGAGGCAAGUGAUCUAAUGGAUCACCGAAAGAGUAGUGAAGAUAAUGAGUCAGAAUUUGGGUUUAAUCUGAAUUUUAGAGCACCAUCUACCAAUCUUAACCAGGAGAUUGCAGAGGAAGAAGAAGAAAUCUUUUUGAAUAAUAUAGCAUAUUCAGAAACAGAUAGGAGGGAAUCAAAUUCCAAACUAUCUGUGGAUUAUAGCCCAGGGUUAAAUUAUGAUAACAAAAAUUUUGAUUUGAGAUGGCUCAAAGAAAUAUGUGAUCAAAUGGCUAUGACAGGGGGAUCACAAUUACCUGGAGAUGAUCUGGCUAUGGCCUUAUGUCAUGUACUGGAUUCCGAUAAACCAGGAGAUGAGGUAGCUGAAGACUUGUUUGAUAUAAUUGGAUGCAAUGGAUUUGAGAUAAUCCAAAAAGUGUUACAGCACCGGAAGGAGCUCGUUGAUAUGUUCCAUAAGGGAUUGUUGGUAUUAAAAUCAGAGAGGACAACUCCAAGUUUACAACCCCGGAUGCCUAGCUAUGGGACACAGGUUAGUGUUCAAACAGAAUCUGGACGCCAGAUCUUGAAACUACGACGGAAGGAAGAAAAGCGGCAGCUGAAACGUGGAUCUGGCCAUGAAUCGGAGCAAGAUUUGCUAGGUGGAGCAGGAGGUUUUUCAGCAUUGCUUAAUGCAAGUGAGAAGAAAUCAGGACUGGAUAAUCUGAUUGGAAAGGGGGAUGAUAUAUUUUCACAGUCAGGAAAUGCUCUCCCACAAGGAACUAUACGCAAGACUUUUAAAGGUUAUGAAGAAGUAAGGGUCCCUGCCACUGAGGCGGCUUCAAUGAAGCCUGGGGAAAAAUUGAUUGAAAUUACAAGCUUGGAUUCUUUUGCGCAAACUGCCUUUGAGGGAUACAGAACACUGAACCGUAUUCAAAGUAGAAUAUUCCCAACUGCAUACAACAGCAACGAAAAUAUACUUGUUUGUGCUCCUACUGGAGCUGGUAAGACAAAUAUUGCCAUGAUCGCUAUUUUGCAUGAGAUUAAGCAGCAUAUAAAGAAUGGAAUUUUGCAUAAGAAUGAAUUCAAAAUUGUUUAUGUUGCACCCAUGAAGGCAUUGGCGGCAGAGGUAACAACAGCCUUUAGCCGCCGCUUAUCUCCCUUAAAUAUAACUGUAAAAGAACUUACAGGAGAUAUGCAGCUGAGUAAAAAUGAGCUUGAAGAAACACAGAUGAUUGUGACAACACCUGAGAAAUGGGAUGUGAUCACACGCAAGAGCAGUGACAUGUCACUAUCAGUUCUUGUUAAACUUUUAAUUAUUGAUGAAGUGCAUCUCUUGAAUGAUGAAAGAGGCCCGGUUAUAGAAGCUUUAGUUGCUAGAACUCUUCGUCAGGUUGAGUCGUUGCAAAGCAUGAUAAGGAUUGUGGGUCUCUCGGCUACCCUUCCAAAUUAUUUGGAUGUUGCACAGUUUUUAAGGGUCAAUCCAGACACAGGAUUAUUCUUUUUUGAUUCUACUUACCGUCCAGUUCCACUUACACAACAAUAUAUAGGUGUUAAUGAACAUAACUUCUCUGCUCGUAACAAUCUUAUGAAUGAAAUCUGUUAUAAUAAGGUUUUGGAUGCACUGAAACAUGAUCACCAAGCAAUGGUUUUUGUUCAUUCGCGCAAAGACACUGGGAAAACUGCACGAAUUCUGGUGGAAAUUGCGCAAAGGAAUGAUGAACUUGGUUACUUUUCAAAUGAAACACAUCCUCAAUAUGGGAUUAGGAAGACAGAGGUAUUUAGAUCAAAGAAUAGGGAACUUGGGGAAUUGUUCCAAUCUGGUUUUGGAAUCCAUCAUGCUGGGAUGCUUCGUGCAGACCGGAGUCUUACUGAGCGUCUCUUUUCUGAAGGACUGCUAAAGGUCCUUGUCUGUACAGCAACAUUAGCAUGGGGUGUCAAUCUUCCAGCUCAUACCGUUGUCAUAAAGGGAACACAAUUGUAUGAUCCGAAGGCUGGAGGAUGGCGAGAACUUGAUAUACUUGAUGUUAUGCAGAUAUUUGGUCGUGCUGGACGACCACAAUUUGAUAAAAGUGGUGAAGGGAUCAUCAUCACCACACAUGAUAAAUUAGCUCGUUAUUUGCGAUUACUUACAAAUCAGUUGCCAAUUGAGAGUCAGCUUAUCAGCUCCUUGAAGGACAAUUUGAAUGCAGAAAUAGCACUCGGCACAGUGACAAAUGUUCGAGAGGCUUGUGCUUGGCUUGGAUAUACAUACUUUUUCAUCAGAAUGAGAGCUAAUCCUCUUGCAUAUGGGAUGGUAUGGGAAGAGGUUGUUGCAGAUCCUUCAUUAACUUCAAAACAGAGGGCAUUUAUUGCAGAUGCUGCUCGUGCUUUGGACAAAGCAAAAAUGAUUAGAUUUGAUGAGAAGAGUGGCAAUUUUUAUGGCACAGAACUGGGUCGUAUAGCUAGCCACUUCUACAUUAAAUACACAAGUGUUGAGACUUAUAAUGAGAUGUUAAAACAACAUAUGAAUGAGAGUGAGCUUAUAAACCUUGUGGCUCAUUCAUCUGAGUUUGAGAAUAUCAUGGUUAGAGAAGAGGAGCUUUUUGAACUUGAAACAUUAUGUCGCAGUUCAUGCCCCUUGUAUGUGCGUGGAGGCCCUGAAGACAAAUAUGGGAAAAUUUCUAUUUUGAUACAGGUCUAUAUAUCUCGUGCUUCACUUGAAAGUUUUUCAUUAGUUGCGGACGCAAACUAUAUAAGUCAGAGCAUUGGGCGGAUUAUGCGAGCAUUAUUUGAAAUUUGUCUGCGUCGUGGUUGGUGUGCUAUGGCUGUUCUUUUAUUACAGUAUUGCAAAGCUGUUGAUCGCCAAAUUUGGCCUCAUCAACAUCCUCUUCGGCAGUUUGAGAGGGAUCUCUCAUUAGAGAUAUUAAGAAAACUUGAAGAUAAGGAUGUUCAGUUAAAUCACCUUUCUGAACUAGAAGAGAAAGAGAUUGGGGCUCUCAUUCGGUACUUUCCUGCUGGAAAGAUGAUUAAGAAGUGUUUGGCAAGCUUUCCUUGUAUUCAUUUAUCUGCUAAUAUAAGUCCAAUCACACGGAGCGUUCUACAGGUUGAGCUAAUAAUAACUCCAGACUUUGUCUGGAAAGAUCAUCUGCAUGGAGCUGCUCAGCGCUGGUGGAUCUUAGUUGAGGAUUCGGAGAAUGAUCACAUCUAUUAUUCGGAACUGUUCAUUUUGUCAAAAAAGAUGGCAAGAGUUGGUCAACAAAAACUUACAUUCACAGUACCUAUAUUUGAGCCUUGGCCUCCACAGUACUACAUACGGGGAAUUUCAGACAUCUGGCUGCAGGCAGAUGUCUUUCAUACUGUCUCCUUCCAGCAACUGAUUUUACCAGAGUUACAUACUCCACACACUGAACUUCUUGAUUUGAGGCCUCUUCCUGUUACUGCUCUUGGCAACCGUAACUAUGAGGAACUUUACAAGUUUUCACAUUUCAAUCCAAUUCAAACCCAGGCAUUUCAUAUUCUGUACCACACAGACAAGAAUGUCCUUCUAGGUGCACCAACAGGAAGUGGAAAAACGAUAUCUGCAGAACUUGCCAUGCUCCAUCUUUUCAAUACUCAACCAGACAUGAAGGUUAUUUAUAUUGCACCAAUGAAGGCCAUUGUCAGAGAAAGAAUGAAUGAUUGGCAGAAAGGGCUUGUACUGAGUUUGAAGAAAAAGAUGGUUGAGAUGACUGGAGACUUUACUCCAGAUCUCAAGGCACUUCUUUCAGCAGAUAUAAUUGUUUCAACUCCAGAAAAAUGGGACGGCAUCAGCCGUAGUUGGCAUCAUCGCAAAUAUGUGAUGAAGGUUGGACUCUUGAUAUUAGAUGAAAUUCAUUUACUUGGAGCUGACCGUGGACCUAUUCUUGAGGUUAUUGUUUCCCGGAUGAGAUAUAUUUCUUCACAAACAGCACGUCCAAUUCGCUUUGUAGGCUUGUCAACUGCAUUAGCAAAUGCUCGUGACUUGGCUGACUGGCUGGGUAUUGAUGAUGCUGGGCUUUUCAACUUCAAGCCAAGUGUGAGACCAGUACCGCUUGAAGUUCACAUUCAGGGAUAUCCUGGAAAAUUCUACUGCCCACGGAUGAAUAGCAUGAACAAACCUGCCUAUGCUGCUAUAGCAACUCAUUCGCCAUCCAAACCUGUACUUGUAUUUGUUUCCUCCCGUCGUCAAACUCGGCUUACAGCUCUUGACCUGAUUCAGUUUGCAGCUGCUGAUGACAGGCCAAAACAAUUCCUUAAUUUUCCUGAAGAAGAAGUCGAAAUGCUAGUUGCACAGGUUACAGAUAUAAAUUUAAGACAUACACUGCAAUUUGGUAUAGGUUUGCACCAUGCUGGUUUAAAUGAUCGUGACAGGUCAUUGGUUGAAGAAUUGUUCUCAAACAACAAAAUUCAGGUGCUUGUCUGCACAAGCACAUUAGCAUGGGGUGUAAACCUGCCAGCACACCUUGUAAUAAUCAAGGGAACAGAAUACUAUGAUGGCAAAGCAAAAAGAUAUGUUGAUUUUCCUAUCACAGACAUCUUACAGAUGAUGGGUCGGGCAGGGCGCCCACAAUAUGAUCAGAAUGGGAAGGCAGUUAUACUUGUGCAUGAACCCAAGAAAAGCUUUUACAAAAAGUUCUUGUACGAACCAUUUCCUGUUGAAAGUAGUCUCAAGGACCAGCUGCAUAACCACAUCAAUGCAGAAAUUGUUGCUGGAACUAUUUCUCAAAAGAAGGAUGCUGUUCUUUACCUCACUUGGACUUAUUUGUAUCGGCGCUUGGUAAUGAAUCCUAGCUACUACGAUUUGGAGAAUACUGAGAGCAGCACUGUAAAUGCUUACUUGUCGAGGCUAGUAACAGAUACCCUUCAAGACUUGGAAGAUGCUGGUUGUGUAGAGGUGGAUGAAGAUAACUUUGUCAAGCCUCUUAUGUUGGGCACUGUUGCUUGUCAGUACUAUCUUAGCUACAAAACUGUGUCACUCUUUAUAACGAAUAUUGGUUCUGACACUUCUCUUAAGACAUUAUUCCAUGUACUCUGUGGUGCUUCAGAAUAUGAUGAACUUCCUGUCCGCCAUAAUGAGGAACAUAUUAAUGAAGUAUUGUCAAAAGAGGUGGAGUAUGAAGUUGAUAAGUACAGUUUGGAUGAUCCACAUGUAAAAACCAAUUUGCUGCUUCAGGCUCAUUUCUCACGGCUGGAGUUGCCAAUCAGUGACUAUGUCACUGACUUAAAAUCUGUUUUGGACCAAAGUAUACGAAUCAUUCAGGCUAUGAUUGAUGUAUCUGCCAAUAGUGGAUGGCUUAUGAGUGCCCUAAAUUCCAUGCAUCUUUUGCAAAUGGUUAUACAGGGCUUAUGGUUUAAAAAGGAGUCCUCAUUGUGGAUGUUACCAAGCAUGACAAAUGAUCUGAUGGAUGUUCUGCGGCAGGAAGGAAUUACAGAAUUGCAGCAGUUGUUGGAGCUCUCAAAACCUUCUCUAGGGAAGAAUAAGAUAACAGAAUUGCAGCAAUUACUGCAGUCAAUUCUUACCAAACCUGAAUUGGCAGAAUUCUUCCGAGUUUUGGGACAGUUUCCUCGAAUUCAAGUGGAUUGGAAUCUUGAAAAGCGAGAAAGAAGUGGUGAACAAUAUUCAUAUAUUCUCGAAAUUAAAUUAAAAAGAAUGAAAAAGGGAUCAAGAGCUUUUGCUCCUCGAUUUCCAAAGAUAAAAGAGGAAGCAUGGUGGUUAGUUCUUGGUAAUAUAGAAACAAAUGAGCUAUAUUCCUUAAAGAGAGUAAGCUUUUCUCAGGAUCUAAUUACUAGUAUGAUCAUAUCACCUGAUCAAGUUAACAAUGAGGGAACAAAGUUAUUUCUGGUUUCAGAUUGCUACCUGGGUUUCGAACAGGAGUAUGCUCUUGGAAGCACAAAUCGUAAUGGUCACAUGGCUGUGCAAUAGCCAGAAGAUGCCAGUGUAUACUUGCAUAAUGAAUAUUGCAUUCUUGAUAUCAAAAGUUAAUGCUGUAGAAUUCAUUCAGUUAAAAUAUUUAUCCAGGAUCUUAACAUUGCAGAACACUUAUUUUAGCUUACAUAUGUCGUCUUCAUUGUGAAAUUUCUCAUUCAUAUUAGCAUGCCUUACACAACACUAGAUAUCUAGCUAGAUUGUUUUUAAUGGCUUAAUUGAGAAGCCAGAUUUUUGUUUUGCUGUGUCAUACCUCUUGCGGUGUAGCUUUAAGCAAUCCAUGUUUUGAAAAUGGUAACAUAAUCUCUUGCUUUUUGUUUUUGCA